GACACAUUUCCCUGCUGGUUCCUUCCAUUCUCAGCAGAUUCCUGUUGACUUUACGAUCUUUUCUGGUCUUCCAUCACUCCUCCUCCUCCUCCCUCUUCUUCUUCUUCUGUUCUCCUGUUGUUUCAGUCUGUGAAAGCAUGAAGCAGCGGCUGAGUGUGAAGCCAGAAGACCCGUCCUGAACGAGGCCGAUCAUCCUCUGAGGCCGCUCUGAUCUUCAGCAGGUCUGAUGAGCCGCUCUGCCCGGUCCUCCUCCGUGAACCAGCGUCUCCACCUUCCCGUGAAGCUGACGGCGGCACCAUGACGGCUUUCAGCGUCAGCUGGUGGCUGUUUGUUCUGCUGCUGCUCUGGACCCUGACGAUGGCCGCGGAGCGAGGGGGAGCUCGGACCCCCAGGAGAGGAGGAGGAGGAGGAGGGUGUGGAGAAGAGGAGGAGGCUCCACCGCCUUCAGCACGGCCAGUGCAGCUACACCUUCAUCCUGCCGGAGCUGGACGGGUGUCCGGAGGCGGCGGACGCGGGCCAGGUGGGCCAGCGGGGGGGGCUCACACGGCGCGGUGGUGCAGAGGGACUCACCCCCUGCAGACGGAGAGUGGUCGGCUGAGAAGCUGAAGCGCCUGGAGAGCACCAUGGAGAACAACACGCUGUGGCCUGCAGAAGCUGGAGAACUCCAUCCAGAGGAACACGAGGCGCGAAGCUGCCGGCCUGCAGUCCCAUGCGGUUCACAACCAGACGGCCACCAUGCUGGAGAUCGGAACCAACCUCCUGACGCACACGGCGGAGCAGACGCGCAAACUCAACGUGGUCGAAGCGAAGGUGCUGAACCACACCUCUCGAAUCGAGAUCCAGCUUCUGGAGAAUUCUCUGUCCACCAACAAGCUGGAGAAAGAGCUGCUGCUGCAAACCUCCGAGAUUGACCGGCUCCGAGACAAGAACAGUGUUUUGGAAAGUAAAGUUCGGAUGUUGGAGUCUCAGCAGAAGGGAGAGCUGGAGGACAUGAAGGAGGAGAAGAACAGACUGCAGUCGGUGGUCAGCACUCAGAUGGAGGCCAUCGAGUCGUUGGAGAAGCAGCUGAAAGUCGCCAGCAGCAACAACACGGCUCUGCAGAGGCAGCAGGCUCAGCUCCUGGAGAGUGUACACACACUCAUCAGCAUGGUGACCAGCACCACAGGCUCCCCUCGCUGGAGCCACAUGUGGAAGGACUGUGCAGAUGUUUACAGGUCCGGUUACUCGACGAGCGGUUUGUAUCACAUCUACAUCGGGAACAGGACCGAACCUGUGCAGGUGUACUGUGACAUGGAGACGAGCGGCGGAGGCUGGACGGUCUUCCAGCGGCGCUUUAACGGCAGUGUGGACUUCCAGAGGGGCUGGGGGGAGUACAGGACGGGUUUUGGGGACGUGUUUGGUGAACACUGGCUGGGUAACGAGGCUCUGUACCAGCUGAGCUCCCAGGGUCAGUACUCUCUGAGGGUGGAGCUCAGGGACUGGGAAGGAAACUCCGCCUACGCACAGUACGACCGCUUCAGCCUGACCGGCGAGAGACAGCAGUACAGGGUGUAUCUGAGGGGCUACAGCGGCACGGCCGGACGGCAGAGCAGCCUGAACACACUCGGGACCGGCUUCAGCACCCGAGACCACGACAACGACAACUGUGACCACUGUAAAUGUGCCCUGAUGCUCACCGGAGGUUGGUGGUUUGACGCCUGUGGUUUCUCCAACCUGAACGGGAUCUAUUACAACGUCGGCCACAACAUCCGCAAACUCAACGGUAUCAAGUGGCACCACUUCAGAGGCCCCAGCUACUCGCUGCGCUCCACCAUGAUGAUGGUUCGACCCUACGACUUCUGACGACGCCCCUCGGCCUCCGUGAUGCUUCCCCCUCGACCGUCCGGCUCCCCGCUGUCCUCCGAAAUGCUCCUGACGAAGUAACACUUGGUUCAGCACCAGGAGGGUUCAACCUGUGAGCUCUGAAGGGUCCGAGACAUUACCGACCUGUUGAAUGAAUUCUCACCGGUGAAACUGACAAGAGGCAGGAACUCAGUUUGGAUCCACAGGAUAAGUUUCUCUGGAACUACAGAGGAUGGAGGCUGCCUGGAAAUCAGUCACCGUGUUAACUUCUUUAUCUGAUAGAAAUAGGAAUGAACCCUGUUGAGUCACCCACCUCCACACAGCUGGACACUUCCUGCCCAGAGCAGGCUGGACCGUUGGUUUGGACAUAGACUUACUCCCACGGUUGGUCCGCUGAGAAGGCAGCAGGGUGAAAGAAGCUUCUGAAGCCGUAGUUUCUUCAUUGGAUCUCCUGAAAGGACUCGACUGGCAAACAUUUUGCAAUGAUUGAUUUCUUUUUCCCUUGUUUUUUAAAGAGAGAAUUGCUUAAAGAAGAGAGAAACUAUAAAUAAAACUG